AUGUGUUGCAAGGCAACCGACAUAGACGAACCACAUUCACAGAAUUCAAAUGUAACUUACAACAUAAGGCAUGUGUCUGGUGGGCUGUUUGCAAAUUUCAGCAUACAUAAGUCUGUUGGUAUGAUCACACUCAAUGGUGCAUUAGAUUAUGAAGAGUUAAUCAAAACUGUUAAUGUCCCCAUAAUUUUGACAGUCACAGCAGAGGAUCAUGGAAUUCCACCUAAUACAGCCACCACCUCUGUCACCAUACACGUACAGGACAUUAAUGAUGAAACACCACGGUUUGAUCAAGACAUUUACAAAGGAAGCAUACUGGAGAAUGCAAACGAAGGUACUUAUGUUAAGAGAAUUAAUGCUGCUGACCAAGAUGGUAGUGCUCCUAACAAUGUGGUGUUUUAUCUCAUCGACUCUGGCGGAUCUGACAAAUUCCGUGUGGAGAGCAAGACUGGAAACAUCACUGUUCAGAGAGGAGCCAAACUCGAUCGAGAGAUUGAAGCUUCCUAUAACCUUACUGUGAUUGCCAUGGAUCGAGGAUCACCACCUCGGUCGACCACAGCAACAGUCAGUGUCACAAUUAACGAUGUUAAUGAUGAAGCUCCACGGUUUAAUUCAAAUCAAAUGUCAAAAUCGAUAUUGGAAAACAGUACACAUGAUACUCGGGUAAUCAAAUUCACGGCAUCUGACAAGGAUUUGGACUCUAAUCUGCAUUACAAACUUCUAUGGAAUAUCAGUACUGCACUAAAUGACAAGGAUCAGAAGAUAACUAUCAACAAAGUGAAGUCAUGGUUUUCAAUCAACGUUUCCACUGGAGAUAUACGUGUCGACUCUACGCUUGACAGGGAAACGGCCGAAACAGUGACAUUACGAAUAUUUGUGGAAGAUAAAAAUGCCACGGAAAACAAAAACACCCAGACAGCUACAGGGACAUUAACCGUGACUAUUCUUGAUGUGAAUGAUAACAGUCCAGAGUUUACCCAGGGCCGUGUAAUUCCACUCUCAGUCUCUGAGAGCACACCUGUCGGCACUGAUCUGAUGACUAUUACAGCUAUUGACAUUGACAAAGACAAUGUUGUAUCUUUCCACUUGCUGAAUACAGAUGUUUUCAAUAUUACAAAAGAUGGACAGCUUCUUCUAGCAAAUACCACUGAUCGUGAAACAAAAGACAGCUAUGAGAUCACCGUUGUUGCCACAGAUAACGGAUUGCCUCCACUUAAAUCCAAUGCUACAAUCAACAUCACUGUUCUUGAUUCCAACGACAAUGACCCACAGUUUAAUAUGGCCCAGACCACCUUCCAUAUACCAGAAAAUGAAACAAAUGGCACAUUGGUAGCGACACUAAAUGCUAGUGAUGCCGAUAUUGGACCUAAUGCUCGGAUAACAUUCAUUAAUAAUGAUGGUUGGAAGAAAACAUUCAGAAUGAAUCAAACAACUGGAAAUAUUUAUCUUAAUGGGAAUCUUGACAGAGAAGCUAUUCCAUCAUAUCGCUUUGAGAUCUCUGCUCGAGAUAACCCAUCAUCGGGUGACAGCCGAAAGAGUAAAAUAACCAUAACGUUUGUAGUAACGGACGUCAAUGACAAUCCUCCUCACUUUAGCUCCCAGAACUACACAGGUGUAAUAGCAGAGAAUGCCAAGAUUAGUGCUGUCAUCAAAACACAACCAACUAUAUUAGCAACAGACAAGGAUAAUGGGACAAAUGCUGCAAUAAAGUAUUCUUUUAAACAUUCAAACAUCUCCCAUCUGUUUCACAUUGAUGAAAAUUCUGGCGAAGUGUCUGUUCGUGACAGCCUUCUAGGAAAGGCAGAUAACUACACGCUUACUGUGAUUGCAACAGAUCAAGGUGAAGGACAUCUCAAUGACAACACAACAUUAAUUAUAAAAGUUUUGGAUAAAAAUCUCAAUCAUCCAGUAUUUGUCACACCAUUUAAUUUGAAAGCAAUGCCAGAGUGUGCACGUAUUGGAGCAACCGUUUAUCAGUUUACUGCAACAGAUGCGGAUAAAGAUAAAAUCCACAAUGGUAAAGUGGAGUACAGGUUUGAUAACAGCUCAUCUACUGACUAUCAUUAUCUGAAUAUCGACCGGAAUUCUGGUGAACUGACCAUCAACAAGCAUUUGGAUCGGGAAAAUAAAAGUGUUUUAUUGAUACGAGUAGUGGCUUACGAUUUGGGCAUACCAAGUUUGACAGCGCUAACCCGAGAGCUGACCAUUAAGAUUAGUGACGUCAAUGACCAUCCACCAACGUUCAGCAAUGUUCCUUCCAAGCGGGUCAAGUGGAAUGUGACGGAGAACAGAAACAAUGUGAAGAUAGGAACUGUCAAAGCAAAUGACCCGGAUUCAGAAGCGUGUGCAAGUUAUCAUAUAUCAGAUAGUACAAUAGCUAAGAAGCAUCUCAUAAUAAAACAACUGGACAAUGUGACAGCUGAGAUUUAUGUUAAUGACUCAUUUGACAGAGAAGUAACUGCUGAUUUUACAUUCAGUAUCACUGUCGAAGACUGCUCUACUGUUAACAAAUACAACGUGUGUACGGACAACUCUUUUGAACAUUUUGAUUCUGACAAGCUUGAAGUGAACAUUGUAGUUGAAGACCAGAAUGACAACCCGCCAAAAUUUACCAAACCCAAAAUAUCAGCUGGACUUCGACAAAAGGUGGAAGUUGGAAAGCUGGUAUUUAAACUCGAGAAAUAUGUAACCGACAGGGAUGUUGGAAUAAACAAGGUACACAAAUAUAGCAUGCCUCUACCAAUGGUGCCAGACCAGCAGCUUGUGAAGACGUUUGACGUGAAUAAAUACAAGGAGCCGUUUCUUUUGAACGAAAACGGUACUCUGAAGACCAAUAUGAAGUUUGGCCAAGACAUGGUGGGCUUUCUGAACAGCACAGUGUAUGUGAAUGAUAGUGCCGGAGCCGACAAGACGCAAGUGAAGAUCUACAUCGUUGCCGACUACCAAGUACUGAAGUUGACAUUCAAUCAAGCUCCCGACGAUUUAUAUAACAUGAAGCAUAACAUUAUAAAGCAACUCGACACAGAGAUGGGAUUAGAGUUUGUCAUUAAUGACGAAAUUGCAUCGAGUAAGGAUAAAGAUGGAAACGUGAAGAAAUACCAGUCAAACCUGUUUGUGCAUGCAGUUGAUCCGAAAACAGAACACAUAUUUGAUGCAUCUGAUGUUCGAGAGCGAAUAGACUUCCACCCAACAUUGACUGGAGAUCUCAUUAGAAUGUUUAAUCUUUAUCAAGUGAAGGAGGAUGUUGAGGAUAAACCAGCCAUGAACAUUAUGGAACGUUUGCAGUACAUACUUGGUGGCAUAAUAGGUUUCCUGGCGCUUGUUGUCCUAAUUGUAGCCUUCUUUUUCUUCAACAGCAUUAGCAAGUACAAGCGAAAACUUAAAGCCGCGACAACCGAGGCAUAUGCAAUGGAUCCCAAGAAGCCUCUUGGCAAUGGAAUGUUUAAUGAAACUGGAUUUAGUGAAAAUCCUAUCUUUAAUAAGGACCUUGGAGGCAAAGAUUUUGAAGACAGUGGAAGCAUCAGUUCUCAAAACUCUCUAGACGUGAAUCAGGUGGCAUCUUCAGACGGCUCGGCGAAUGCUAUCGACGAACAGGAGAUGACUAUGGAUUUGAAUAACGAUGAUAAUCCACGAGACAUGAACUUCUCAGCAGAAUCGUUUCUAAAUCAAGCCCUGCGACACCACGACAUGAUGCAGACUACAGAGGGGCAAGAUUCUCUCGGAGCAGACGGCAACACACCGAGACCCGCCAUGAAUCUUAAACGCUCAGAUAGCGUUAUGCACGAAACUUUGGAGUCUUCAGAAAUAUAAAUGUUAAAGGAAUUAAUUCCUCAGAAACGAUGAGGUCGUGCAGAGAUUGAAAAUAUGUAAACUGAAGCUUGUUCAUACGUUUUUAAACACGAAAUUGUAAUGUACUUGACUGAAUGAUGAUUUGGAGACUUCAGAAAUAUUGAUUUCUAAUUAUGUUUAUACAUUUAUAUUACAGUUGUAGAAGUUCCAAGGUAAAACGUUUCGCUUUCUAUUUUGUCUUACUUCUUAUUUAGGCUUUUGAAAUGUGAAUCCAUAUAACAUCAUUAAUUAUAAAUAGGAAUUAAUAGUGUGAUUUUAAAGAAAGACCAUUGUGCAAUAUACAAGUGAAAUGCUUCAGAAAUACACUUAGUGCAUUGAGCAACAUGUUUCAGACGCCAGAAUACUAAAAACCAUGUCUUGACUUACCAUUUUGUUAGUUAUAAUAAUUGUUUAGCUACAGAUAUACAAACUCUACGUGGCAGUUGGCAGUUAUUUUGUAUAUUAAAUGCAAUAAAAUAGGUUUCAAACAAAUUGUAGAAAACGUUGAACAUGAAAAUCUGAUACUGUGAUCGUUGUGUGAACACUAUCAAUAAUGAUGACCAACUAAGAUCGUUUUAAAAGCACUUUGACCCGUUCUCAGUUUGUUGUGAUGAUCUUUCUUUUCUUUUUCCAAAAAUGUCUUCAUUCGUGUUAAAAAUGUUUUUGUUAUGAAUGUUAAUAAAAUAAUGAGAAAUCUUCAUGCAACUCAACAAAUUGGUAUUAUUAUCUGUUAAUUAUUCACAUUUUGAGUGAUGGAUUGAUUGAGUUGCAGUAUAUUAUAGUUAUCAUAAUCAAAGCAAACGAAAAUCGAGGAUGAUAAGGUAACGAAUAACUCAAAUGACAAAGUAUUUUAAAGGGUUAUUUAGCUUUACUUAUUUAUUGUUCUAUAAUUUAAAUAUGAUUUUAAAAACAUUAAAAUAUUGUUAUAAUUCGUAAAGGAAUCCAGAGCGAUAUGGAGGCAUGGUUAGGGCGCUCCAAUUUUGUGAAAUUCUGGCACAAUAUCAUUUAUUUGUUUAUAUUAUAAUGAAGCAUAAUAAUACUUUGUUAAUUACAUAUUAACAUUGUAACAUUAAUUAUGUAUGAGUGUAAACAAAGAGUAUGUUAUAUUUUAUCUUCAACUUUUCAUUUGUAUCAUCGUGUUUAACAUUAUGCUGCAAUAAAAGAGAAAUUCGUUAACAUUCUGUGUAAUAUUGUCAUCACAUACCUUGACGUAAAUCAAAACUGAGAUGAAUGAUUAAUUCCCCCCCCCCCCCCCCCAACUUAUAUUUUCGGGAUCCAUUAUCUUAAGCAUUGAUAUUUAAUCAUUUUGUAAUACCAUUUUUAAUUUACAUUCUAAUACCUCCCCCACCCUAAACGCCGAUGUCUGUUACCGUUGUAUCAUAGGCAGCCGCGCUAUCAUCAUAACGAAUGAUUUUUAGCAAUGUUAACACAAGCUAGUCUUGCGAAAUAUGGUAACCUGUGAUUUGAUUUUGCUCAUAAAUUGAAGUCAUUACACUAUAUUUCAAUAAAAUAAAACUAUUGCCUUUAAGUAUUAUACAUCAACCAUCCACCGAGAUACUUUCAACAGAAUAUUAAUAUAAUACGUUAUUUGUAUUCACAAAUUAUAAUUAUACUUGAAUGGUUAUUAGUUUUAUAUUACAUAUUUUUUCAAAUCAAACUAUUGAAAAUGUUUUCGUGUAUCUGUAUCAAAGGCGGUUAAAUUAUUUGAGUUGUAUUCAUUGUGAUGAAUGUAGUUUGCAACAGCACUGCAGAAAUAAAUUAAUAAUUUUAUGUCAUAUUUUGUUGCUACAACUGGAAUAGUUAAAGGGACAUACCCUAGUUUUUAAACACUAACGCAUAUUUAUUUUUACUAUUAUAACCGUUUUUGAUAACUUAAAUAAUAUUUUACUUAGAUUUUAUUGUUUAGUUUAUAAAUU